GUACUCAACCUACGUCUGAUAGCAGUGUGAUAAGUUAAAUCGGCUGGCAGCGUGGAAGGUUUGAUCGUCUCGAUAAGAGUAAGUAUUGGGAUUACUUGUGCAGGAUCCCAAAAAUCACCGUGGGUAGCAAGAAGAGACGAGAUGGGUCUCAUGUGAGCUUGAUGUAAGUAAGCCUGUAGAAUGCGUUUAUACUUAGUUGUCCAAACGUUCAAAGGACGAAUUCCUUGAUAUUAGAGUGAUCGCGCACUUACCCCACGUUGCUUAGUCAGCAAUUUUUUGCCUCCUCGGUUCGGUCCUCUUCGAGGUCUUCCAAUUUACUCUACUAGAUCUUGUGCACCCUGCAUCUAUUGAAUACCCCUCAAAGCAAAUACUGACAUUGAGAAUCAUACUAGACUGUCACCUCACCUCAGCACCCGGAAAAGGGCUCUAUGGAUCCUCAUUCCCGCCUGUCCCAGUUUAAUAAUCGACCACCAAAAGCUGGUCCUAAUCAGCGCCGUAUGGAAGCACCAUUGAGAACUUUAGAUCCCUUGGAUAAUUACAAGAAGAAGUCCGCCUCGUCUAAAUACCCGGCCUCCUCAUCUACCUCGUCGUUACUGGGUCGCCCGAUCGCUACUAAUUCCAGAGUCAAACAAGAUGAACAGUACAGGAAGGAUAUGCACCUGGCAUUUAUUACGAAUGCUCUCCAGCAGAAAGCAAAGGGAAUCAGCGACACCUUUGACGAGCUUGUCGAUCAAUUCAACCUGAAGAAAACGACCGGAGACGCUCCAUCUCCUGCACCCCAGCUGCGUUUAUGGAUUCUCGCAUUAUCCAAUGUCGUCUCCCGUCUAGAGCGUUGUCAUUCCACCCUCAUCGAAGCAGUGGUCAGUAUGCCAUGGACUACCAUGGAUACAAGCUUCGUCAAAUCCUAUACGUCAUUCAUCGGAAUGCUUGUUAGUGCAAAACCUGAAUACCUAGCCACUGUGCUUGGGAAACUUGCCCAUGGUCUUACUUAUCAAUCUGGUCUGCAAGCAUUGGACGCCGGCUUGCCCGAGAGCUCGUCACAUCCUCUUACUCGUCGUGUGGUUUAUGACCGUAUCCACUACCUUCUUCGACAUCUACUAUCGCUUGUACCAACCUUGCCAUCAACGCUGCAGCCGUUGCUUGUGCAACAUUUCCCGCACAAACGACAAAGUCAAGGGGCUCAAGUCACUUAUAUCCGCAACCUACUGAGAAUAAUGGAGUACUGUCCCCAGUUGGCGGAUCGAAUACUGGCUACUAUUGUGGAUCGCGCCCUUCAAAUAGAUGUCGAAAUUCAAUGCGAAAUGGAGGAGCUGGAGGAACAGCUUGGUCAAGAAGAGAUCGAGAUUUUUGACUUGGAUCCAUUUGAUACCAUUGUCGGUCAAGAAGGCGAAGACUCUGACUCUGAAGACGAUAGCGACGAGGAAGGUGCCCAUUUGAGUGACCUGUCAUCCGACGCGGGAGGAGGCGAUGACGACGACGACGCGGAAGCGGAAGACGUUCCAACAGAUUUCAAACACGUCAAUGACAUGGUCAACAAACUCGACGCCAUCUUGAAGAAUGUCUUCGAUCACUUCAACCAAACUCAUGCAAUGACCGACCCGCCUGUAGCAUCAGGGCUGUCUACGCCAUUAUCCGAAAUACCCAUGACCCCACUCGAUUCACCUAACCCUUCGCCACCACCAGACCCAGAAGAAGGCAAAGCCUUACGACGAGCUCAAUUCUACACCCUUCUCUCCAUCUUCGACCGUGUUAUCCUUCGAACCUUCAAAUCUCGCUAUACCCAAUUCCUAGUCUUCUGGUACUCCUCUCUUGACCCUGAAUUUAGCGACGUCUUCCAGGGAAUGCUUGUUUCCAAAGCUCUUCUCGAAGAAGAUCAACCAGCUGUCACGCGAGCCGCUGCCGCAAGUUACAUCGCUAGCUUUGUUAGCAGGGCACAGUUUGUUGACAAGGAGAAUACGAGACGUGUUAUGGCGUGUCUGUGUAACUUUUUGAAGAGUCGGGUGGAUAUUUUCGAUGCUGUGACCCUAUCAGGUGCUCCGCAGGCUAGUAUGGCACAUCAUACUAUCUUCUAUGCGGUCACCCAAGCGGUCUUUCUGAUCUUCUGUUUCCGGUGGAGGGAUUUGAUGUAUGACCCAGAGGAUGCGGAUGAACACGCUCCUACUAACGGACCCACAUCGAAGUGGAUGUCAGAGUUGGAUGUUUUGCAGCGGGUUGUGCUCUCAGAACUCAAUCCUCUCAAGAUGUGUUCUUCAAAUGUCGUCAUGCAGUUUGCGAAAGUCGCCCACUCGACCGAUUUCCUUUAUUGCUAUUCCAUCAUCGAAUCCAACAAACGUUCCGACUAUGCACCUUCACAACCGAACGACUCCCAGCAGAAUAGUGCCUCACGACUUCGUGGACUAGUAAUACACCCUGCUUUGGCUGGUUCCUCAAUGCACACCGAGCUGAACACAUUCUUCCCUUUCGAUCCGUACAAACUUCCCAGGUCAAGCGCUUACAUACAGGGUGUGUAUCGGGAAUGGUCGUCGGUGGCUAUUGAUGAUGACGACGAGGACGAGGAUGAGGAUGAAGCGGAGUCUGACGAUGAAGAGCACUACCAUGCUUCCUUCGACGGAGGUAUCGCAGUACCUCAAAGUUCCUCUCCCAGCCGUGGGGAUGAUACGGAUGGGCUCGGUGCGUCAUUUGGUGGGAUGAGUAUCAGUCCCGCUCGACCUGGUUUAGCUGUCAGUAGGUCUGUGGCCAUGUCUGUCUCAUAAGAGUAGUUCUAUCGUUUGUUGUACGUUCUCGCUUUCUUUUGCUCUUUUUGCUUUGUAUCGUUUCAUCACGUUGUCCACAAUAUUUCAUGCAAUGCAUUUGGAUUGGAAUAUAAAAGGCUGUGGUAGAAUUUGUGGGAAGCGCGAUUGGUACGUGACAUGGAGGUGAAACUCAGUGAGCCGCGAUGUACGCCUCGUGGUCGAAGUAAGGUCCAAUCGGUGG